GCAUAUUAUGUUCCUUAGUCGCGAAGAGUAACUCAAAUCAUAAACACAGUUCACUUGGUGAAAUAUUUGCAAAACAUUGAAAAAACGGCAUAAUAAUGACUAUUCGUAGUCCUUUUGCCAUCUAAGCUAGAUAAAAUGCAAGUAGUGAAAAUUAGAAAGUAAGAUGUGAUAUUAAAAAUGAAAUAAGCAUAGUUACCCAAUCGGAUAUCGGAAGCGACGUGAUUGGAAAAUUUUCUUAGAUAAAUCUACUUGCAGACAUGAAAAUGGGAUUGACUUCGUCGCCAUUGAGGCGUCGUAAUUGCUUUUUGGCCUUCAUACUCGUUUUGGUACCUUGUACAAUAUUAUUUCUAGUGAUAGGGACAGAUUUUACUGCUGAACAAACGAUGUCACAACGAGUAGCGGAAUUUCAAAUGCGAAUGCAGUAUCUCGAAUCGAUGUAUCGCGCUAAGCAGGAGGAUGUGGCUAUUCUAUCACAAUACUUUGGAUUCACGAAUCAAAACGGAGAAACAUCGAAUAUGACGAUAAAUUUAAACCUGUUAGAUGGCCUAAGCGCUGAUUCGCGAUCAAUGAUUCGGAACGUAACCGCCUCAGCCAAGUUGCCUGCAAAUUUAAAACUACCCACGGCCUUUCAUUUUUUACCACAUUUGCUUGACGAUCCGGCUUCCUUGAGACCGGGAUAUCUGCAGACAAAGAACAGACAGGGUGUGUCGAUGGUUCUUGGUAUACCGACAGUUAAACGCGAUAAACAAUCAUAUUUGCUAGAAACAGUAGACAAUCUGAUAGCUAACAUGGAUGAGGACGAACAGAACGAUACGAUGAUCGUGAUAUUUAUCGGCGAGUCGGACUUCGAUUACGUCUCGCAGGUGGCAAACAGUAUCAAUGCUAGAUUUCCAACGUUCAUUGAAAGUGGUUUCAUCGAAAUUAUAUCGCCAGCGGCCAGUUAUUAUCCCGAUAUGGCCAAACUGAGGCUUACGUUGAACGACUCGGCCGAACGGGUGAAAUGGCGAUCCAAACAGAAUCUGGAUUUUGCUUAUCUAAUGGCGUACGCCCAACCGAAAGGUGCUUUCUACGUCCAGCUGGAGGACGAUAUACUCACGAAAAAGGGAUUUAUAACAAUAAUGAAAAAUUUUGCCUUAGAGAAAACGGCGAAGAAGGAGCAAAGCCAAUGGUUCGUUUUGGACUUUUGCCAGUUAGGAUUUAUAGGUAAAAUGUUCAAAUCGGCGGAUCUUCCAUGGCUCAUCACAUUUUUUCAAAUGUUUUUCAAUGAUAAACCGGUCGAUUGGUUACUGUCUAAUUUAAUAUAUACAAAGGUUUGCAGUAUAGAAAAAGACGGGAAAAUUUGCAAACAAGAAAUGACCAAACUAUGGAUUCAUUAUAAGCCGUCACUGUUCCAGCAUAUAGGAACUACAUCCUCCCUGAAAGGUAAGGUUCAAAAACUAAAAGACAAGCAGUUCGGAAAGAUACCAACGUUUUACCCACAUAAUAAUCCUCCGGCUGUUGUGAAAACGGGCAUUCAGCAUUACAAAACAUACACAAUUCAGAAAGCCUACACGGGAGAGAGCUUCUUCUGGGGCCUAAUGCCACAACCUGGUGAUCUAAUCGAAUUCAAAUUCAAGGAUCCAGUUGCUUUAAAAAGGUAUCUUUUCCGAAGUGGCAACUACGAACAGCCAUCAGAUAGAUUUUAUAAUACAACAGUAGAGGUUCUACCGGUCAAUUUGUCUGAAGAUUCGCCAGUGUGGAGCACAUUUAAUACAACCAACGAUGGCUAUCUUGUCAUCGGUGCGUUCAAUGAUUUUGGGAUCGCCGAAGGGGUAAUAGAUCCCAAAAUCGGUGAACUGAAAGAGCUGCGUCUUCAUGUCUACAGCGAUAGCCAAAAUUGGGUUAUAUUGCGAGAGAUAUUAUUGCAAGACGUAACGGCUCGGUGACGAAAGCGUUACCGUAUUCUAGUCCACCCCAGUAGCGUUAAACUAGAAAGUAAUCGAGGUACAGCAAAGCGGAAUCAAAAGAGUCUGAAGAAACUUCAACAAGAUAUAUCAUCGCAUCAGUUACAAAGAACUAAGGUAUAAUGAGAUUGGUGAGAGCAACUGAGAAAUGCAUUAGGGUAGAUAUAACUUUUGUAAUGUAAAGGACACAGUAACAUGCUACAAUAAAGUUACCAUGAUUGUUAAGCGGUAAACAAAAAUUAUAUUAGCAAGCUACUGCACAAAUAUAGGCAAACAUGUGUCAUUAAGCAUAAAUGUCAAGUUCCAAGCAGAAUAGUAUAAGUACUGGACAAAAGUGUAUUACUGUGAAUGUUAUUGUUAUUGCAGCAAACAUUGCGAUCUAUGUUACACAUACCCAAUGUAAUGGAUUUCUCAUGAAAUUCAUCAAUUAACAUAGUUUGUAACAUUGCGCAAAUGCUUAUUUAUUAUAUUGUCCAUGUGAAGCUGUUAGUAAUUAUUUUGUCCAUAUAUACACUCACGAAGAUAUGUGCAACAUUGCGGUGAUUGAAAUAUUCCUAAAUUAUUAAUGUAAAUUUUCUAGGUUUGUAAUAACAUUGGCCAUCAACUUUCGAUUAAAUAA